AUGGCUUCGUACCUCACAGGCAGCGCGGCCUAUACCCGUGAAAACCAAACAUCAACCGCCGCGGCCCAGCAAACCGCCUGGGCCGACAAGUACCGCGGGGCUACUGUCGAAGAUCUCGAUCCCCCUCUAGCUCUGUCGGUUUCCCCCGAUGAUCCUGUCUCCGCCGCCCUCAUGGCCGCCUACGAGCGCGACUACACCCACCUUACCGUUAUCGACGCGACGAAGCGAUCCCUCCUCGGCUACCUGAGCAUUCCCCGACUGAAGGAGCUCCUCCAGAAAGGAACUGUCAAGGAGACCGAUACAGUCGCUUCCGCCAUGCAGCGCUUUAACCGCAAGCGCGGGAUCUACCAGGUGAUCACGAUGGAGACACCUUUGGAGGAGCUCGAACAGUUCUUCGAAAGCGAAACCGGGCCCAAUGGUGACAAGCGCGAGAAGCAGCAGUUUGCUGUUGUGACUGAUGUGGCGCGCAAGUUCGUGCUUGGCGUCGCGACCAAGGCCGACUUGGAGGAGUUCGUGAAGCGCAGACCGGCGUGA